AUAGGCCAGAUAAACCGAGAACUCGCAAUCUUGCUGCCUCGCCUUCCUGAGGGCGGCAAUACGACCUUGGCCUUGAAACAAAGAACAAAGAGCGGGUUCAGUUGCCUUGCAACAUUAUUGGCUAAUCAAUGUCAGUUGCAUUCUGGGAAUAGAAGUUCCUAUGGCCCGGAUAUGUCGACAAAUGAUGACGAGACUAACGUCAUACGUUCUGCUCUGGUCUGGACCUCCGUGGAGCUUAACUGUUUCACAAUGCAAAGUUUGCCACGUUGCGACAACCUCUAGGUAUGUGCAACAGGCCUUCGGGUCAACUCCGAACACCAACUGAAGUCCUACCUUUUCUCACCGGUUUGCACAAUCUUCUUGAAGCUGGUGAUCCAGCCUCCCACCCUAUCCAAGAGCUAAAGACAGCGUCAGCUCACUGCCUACCAGCAGAGUGAGAUGGGACGGACGUCAAAGGAUAAACGGGAUGUCUACUACCGCCUGGCCAAGGAGAAUGGCUGGCGGGCCCGGAGUGCCUUCAAGCUACUUCAACUGGAUGAGGAAUUCCAACUCUUCCAAGGUGUGAAACGAGCAGUUGACCUGUGUGCAGCCCCAGGCAGCUGGAGCCAGGUGCUGAGCCAGAAGGUUAGGGGCCAGAGUUCCGGUCAGGUGGUGGCUGUGGACUUGCAGGCUAUGGCUCCGCUCGCAGGCGUGAUACAGAUACAGGGGGACAUCACUCAGCUUUCCACUGCCAAGGAGAUCAUCAAGCACUUUGAGGGCUGCCCUGCCGACCUAGUAGUGUGCGACGGGGCUCCUGAUGUCACUGGCCUCCAUGAUGUCGAUGAGUACAUGCAGGCCCAGCUUCUGCUAGCUGCUCUCAACAUUGCUACGCAUGUCUUGAAGCUAGGGGGCUGCUUUGUAGCCAAGAUAUUCCGAGGCCGGGAUGUAACUCUUCUCUACAGCCAGCUUCGUGUCUUCUUCUCCAGUGUGCUGUGUGCCAAGCCCAAGAGCAGCCGGAACUCCAGCAUUGAGGCCUUUGCUGUUUGUCGGGGUUAUGACCCUCCUGAGGGCUUCAUUCCAGACCUGACCAGACCCCUGCUGGACCACUCGUACGACUUAGAUUUCAACCAGCUGGAUGGUCCCACCCGUAUUAUUGUGCCCUUUGUGACCUGUGGGGACCUCAGCGCCUACGAUUCGGAUCGCAGUUACCCUCUGGAUCUAGAAGAUGGCUCCGAGUACAAAUAUACUCCGCCCACACAGCCCCCCAUCUCACCCCCAUACCAGGAGGCCUGCAAGUUGAAGAAGAAUGGACAGCUGGCCAAGGAGGUCCUCCCCCAAGACUGCUCCAUCAACAGAAUAGACAAGUUGCCCCAGCCUCUGACUGUUCCUCAUUGUCUUACUCUGCUAGCCCCCAAGGUGGAAGACAAUGAAAUGAAUUGUUCAUCUUAACACGUUAAGGAUUUGCAGUAAAACUCAAAGUAAUACAACUCAGAAGCUGCUGCCUGUCAGAAAAACCAGAAGCUGGCUUGAGGAGUUUGCUAGAGUGGGGACCUGCAACAACUCCAUGACGACAAAGAACCCGAGGAAGUCUGCGGAGCUGCAGUAGGAAUUUCUGGAGACUGAGCACACGCCUCUUCUUUCAGCCUCUCCUGGGGUGUCCUGAAUAGGUUCAGGAUUUCCUCCCCCCGAAAAGCGGGGGUUCUUACCAUGGAUAACCAUCAGGGACCUCCACCAACUUGAUGGAGGAAAAUGUUACACCUUCUUCACUCUAACUGAAGUUCAGCUUUAUUUAUUCCCAGUCAGUGAACAUUGGCAACCAAUCAACAGUAAAAGCCCUACCUAUGCAAGUCCCUUACUUUUUAUGAUACAGUUCAUAGGCAUCUGAAAUACUGCUCGUAUUUCUCGCUGCUUUGGAUAAUAGCAGAUUUUAUAAAUCAGUCCUAUAAUUAAACAUCCCAUCUAUUACUGCAUCCCAAUUUUUCCUGAUUGGUUGGUCAGGUAUUUUUAAGACAGUAUCUUCCUAUAUAGCCUAGACUGCCCUCAAACUCAAGAUCCUCCUGCAUCUGUCCCCUGAGUGCUGAGAUUACAGGCCUGUGCCACCAAACCUGGCUGCUGUAUCCCAGUUUUAUUUCAAUUAAAUAGACGGUGAUAACUGUA